UGCUCUCAAUGUUUACGCUUCUGCUGUUCGCUCGACUGCUUUCGUGGCGCGCGCUGCUACGGGAGAAAAAUCAAGGCCGCCCUGAUUUACGUGUCUAUAGAGAAUGGAUUGACAGAAUGGCGUCCAGGAAAACAAGACAGAAUCACUCCAUACAACAUCUGCUCGAAUUACCCUCGAAUCGAGAGUCGAAAUUACCGCGAUUUCCCGCGAAGGAGCACACCCAACCGCCACCGUCCAUGCCAACCCUCCGCCAAGUCCCGGUGACCGUGUUGCAUCCCUUCCCGAAAAAGUUAUACCUGAGCAAAACACGGCAGGCUGCCUUUUCGGCCGAUUUGCAGCAGACUCUCUCACGAACAGUCAGUCCAACCGCACGCCAGCAAGAGCCGUCCCUUGCGAGGCGGGAAUAUCCCCGCCAAAUCAUGAACAAGGUGGACGAUCGAGUCAGGUCUCCGGGAACAUCACGAUGCCUGACCGCUACUACCAUGUCGCUCUCCAUCUCGCCUUCUAGCCCCGAAGAACCUGUUACGCUGGUGGAACUGACCAGCGUGCCGGGCGGACAGAAUGCGAUGGCUCAUCUCAAAAAGCGGAAGCUGGAAGCAGAGUCGGUCACGCAGAAUCCUAAACAGACGCAGCAGCCGUUGCAGCAACAAUUGUUAAUCAGCAAGAAGGGCCUGCAGACGAACACGCCGCAAGAGAUGGAGUCGACUGACGCCGCCGUGAAGCGAAGGAGGAAAAGCGUUCGCGACGACGACGUACGAAAGACGAUUGACAUCGUUGAUCCUAACAAAAACAUACCGUUGCCCCAGAAGAAACGCGCGUUUGCAUCGGGUAAUUCAGGUAGCCCCGCUAGAAAAUCCAGUAAGCACUGCGAGGAACCCGAAGAUGACGAGACUUUAAUAAGAGAAACAGAGGCCGCCUUGAAGAGUUUGUCGGGUAGUUGGCCCGGACCUCGAGGAUCUCUAUAUCAAAGAGGUAAUUCGGACGAAGAUAGAUAUGAGUCUAACUUUGAGAAUCUCUUUGAAGAGAAGAAAGAAAAUCCUAAAUUAUCGCCCUCAUCAACGUCUUCGAAUACGAGUAACGACACUGGUUGUUCAUUGAAGGACGUGAUAACUUUUCGCGGACAGCAGGAUCGAUCUGGUAAAAUGCAACAGCAAAAUAGACAGGAUUCGAAGCAACAAACACAUCCGAUUAAAACUAAAAAGGACCUGGAUAAUCUUCUCAAGAUAGAAAACGAAUGCGCGAAUAUUCAGUCUCAAGUCAGUAACGCCAAUCAGAACGAACUGCCGAAAAUCAGACCGGUUUCCGUUCGGUCAUUAUCAAGCAAAGAUAGAAAUGACAGAAAUAUGGUGAGUACACACAUUGAUUCUCAAGGAAGGCAAUCAGACAAGUAUUCCCGAUACGAUCCGCCAGAUUUCAACGAGUUGGUCGAUGAUUCGUCCAACGAACUUGAAAUCGACAUGUCCGAUCCAACAGCUGACAAAGACGAAAGCGAUCGAGAUAGAUCGAACGAUAGGGAACGAGAUCGAACAUGUAAAAAUGGUCAAUCGCCACAGAGUAUCGGUAGACAACAACAGCAGCAGCAACAUCAUCAACAGCAGCAUCAAGCGCUUUACUCGAAUUAUCAGAGACAGUAUAAUGAGACCAACAUAAAAGUUUCACCCACGGGGACUUCGUCAUCCUCGUCACCGCCAGUGGGCUCACCAUUCUCAGCUACAUCCGCGUUCAGACCACCCAACACAGAUCACUCAAAAGUUUCAUGUCGCGGUGCUUCAUCAGUAGCUUCUUCGGCAAUUCCGCCAAUCGGUCCGUAUCCAGCUAGCGCUACGUUUGUAGGAUAUCCGACGCCUGGACCGACAAUGCCGUCGCCGCAGCCCGUAGCCGGCAUAUCACCCACAUCGGAGGACAAGCACUCGUCUACGGUGUCUCUGUUGCAGCUCAAGUCUUCGAAGGAAGAGAGUCAUCACGUGACGACUCACAAUGUAGCCUCCAAUUCUCCCAGCAAGAGCCCUUCUGGCGGUCUACCUGCCGUUACCAGUCCCGAUUCCUCGAAACAGUACACGAUCCUACAGCCUGCGGGAGUGGGCUCCAGAGCGGCCAGUGCGAUUCAGGAUAUCACGAGGGACGGAGUGGUCAGUGUCGCCGCCGUGAGCAGCUGCACCACAGCAAGCAGCGGCGUGAGCAAUGUCAACGCCGCGAACGUAAACGGCAAUAAGGCAACGACCAACGGCAGUAACAGUGCCAAUGAUAGCGGCAAUACCGCGAAUCCUGCCGGAAAUCCUAAUGCAAACAGCAUCGCCAGCAUAACCAUUACGACGGCAUCGACAACCACUACUACAUCCAGUCCAACGAUUGCUGCCGAUGUGCCCGCAGCGAGCGGCCAGCAGGACAAUGUCAUGAAAAUGCCAGAGAGACCCGGCACCUUCGACAGUAGCAGGCCGGGAAUGUCUAUGUCUCCGUCCAGUCUCGGCAGAGAGGGCAACAAGUGCCCGACCCCAGGCUGUACGGGGCAGGGUCACGUGACCGGACUCUACUCUCACCACCGCAGCCUUUCUGGAUGUCCACAAAAGGAUAAGUUAACUCCAGAAAUUCUGGCGAUGCAUGAGACUAUAUUGAAAUGCCCGACGCCUGGUUGCAACGGCCGCGGUCAUGUCAGCUCUAAUCGGAACACGCACAGAAGCCUGUCCGGAUGUCCCAUCGCCGCGGCCAAUAAACAGGCCGCACGCGAGGCACGACAAAAGGCUCAAGUGCCAGGAAUCCCGCCAGAGUAUAUCAGCACGAAUCUACUACCGCCAUCAAUGGACACGAAGAGUUAUUCGCAGUACGGCUCCGCAACGCAAGACACGAAGCCCGUACUUAGCAGUCUGAGCUACGAUUACUAUUCGUCGACGACGAAGAACACCGGGAUUAAUGUGAAGCCUCCGAAGACGCCGGAGGACAACAGUACGCCGCGUCCCGCCAAGGUACCCAAGACGGAGAAUAUGACUCUCAGCAGCAGUUGCUGCAACACAUUGUCCAUGAGGAACCAGAACACGGGCGAGCUAUUGGUCCCAAAGACGGAGGACGCCGCGUCCUGUAGAGUAAACUCACCCCCGCCACCGCCGCCCCCCGCAGUACGACAGACGUACGAUUCAUAUAUGAGUCAAGACUCCAACUCCUCGUCCAUGUCGUCGAUGGACGCGAUGGGCACGAGACCAUCCCUAGGAGCGACGAUUCAUCAUCCCAGCCAGCAUCCGACGCAUCAUGUUCUACCAAUGCAGCCAGUCGCCUAUCCGAUGUCGAUGGUGGAGGACACUAGAAUGAGUCAUCAAAUGUCUCAAAGAUCUCCAUACGAGCCCUCCGCCAUGAUGGCCGCGGCGGCGGCCGCGGCGGCUGCUGCAACCACCACCGAAGAGCUCUAUCAUCAUAGAUCGGCCGAACACGCGAGGGCGUAUAUGCAUCCUGGCGCGAGCAAUAUCGCGCGACCAGUUGUAACGUAUUCCAAUGAUAUAGCGGCUGGUAGAGGCUACGAAAAUGCAGUCGUCACCGCAGCUAAUCAUCGACCCUACGACCCCGGUACCACCGCGACUUACGAGAGAUACGAUACGCAAUCGUGCGCGCCUAUCCCGUCUCAACAACAGCAACAGCAGCAGCAGCAACAGCAGCAGCAACAGCAACAGCAACAGCUUCACUCGAGAGCGAAUAUGUAUUAUCUGGGUCAAACCGGUAUGACACCCGAGGAACAGGAGCGAGUUUAUCAUCAAGAAGCCGCGGCGGCCGCGCAACAGCAUCAGAUGGCAAUGGCCGCCGCCACUGCGGCCGGGAUGAUCAAGACUGAAGAUGGUAAUUUGUUCGAAAUCGUCUCCGCAAACGUUCAAGAUUCAUCCGUAACUAAACGUUGCGUCUCCGUGGAUGUUGCAGUGAAAUGCGUUACGGUUGCACAGAUACAGCAGAUGCAGAAACCUGGCGGGCCGCCAACUUCGCCUGGAGGAUCGGUGAUGGAUCUCUCUACCUCCAGCGUCACCUCUACUAGUCCGCAGGCGCCUCCCUACGGUUCAAACAGCCUCAGUCCACAAUACGGAGGAGGACAAACGGUGGGCAGUAGCCCUCAAGCUGCAGCGAGUCCCCACUUGACGGCUAGUCCUCAAGUUCCUAGUCCUCAGGGUCAGACUCUCGAUCUUAGCGUCAAUAGACUUCAUAGCGGUGCACCGAGUCCGCAAUAUUCCACCGGCCACGGAGAAGCUGUCGCGGUUCCAGUAGGACCGGGUUUCCCCGCGCCACGACCGAUCGAAGAGCAAACGGAGCCCGUUGAUUUCUCAACUGCCAACGAGCCGGUCAAUUUCAGCGGGGGUCCGGGGAUCAGGCCUGUACCCGGGUUUCCGCCGCCUGGAGUGCACGUCACGGCGUACAGUCGCGAAAGCACGCCCGACAGCGGGGGUUCCCAUUACAUAGAUGCCUACCGAGAUCCCACUGGUUACGGACCAAUGAGUCCUCAUCCAGGAUACGGGAUGGCCGGCGUUCAACCCGAGUAUCCCGGAAACACGUACACUCCCUAUCCAACUGCAGGUUACAAUUGCGGUGGAACUUACCCGGGUGGUCCAGUGACUUCCGGUUAUCAGAUACCAGCGGGCUAUACUCCGGCACCCUGCUACAGCAUGCCACCGCCACAGCACACGGUUGGACCCCUCGAUAAACCAUCCGGCAAAGAUGACAGCCUUUCCGGAUGUCCACGAGCCGAUCGCUCGCAAAUCCAGGCGCAUUCCCAGGAGCUCAAGUGUCCUACGCCGGGAUGUGACGGUUCUGGACAUGUCACAGGAAAUUACUCGUCGCACAGAAGUUUAUCCGGUUGUCCACGAGCCAACAAGCCGAAGAGUAAGCCUCGAGACGGCCAAGAUUCUGAACCCCUGAGAUGUCCAAUCCCGGGUUGCGACGGGUCCGGCCAUGCCACCGGCAAAUUCUUGUCGCACCGCAGUGCAUCUGGAUGCCCAAUCGCAAAUAGGAAUAAGAUGCGAGUACUGGAAUCCGGUGGUACAGUCGAGCAGCACAAGGCGGCCGUGGCUGCCGCAACGGCCAUGAAGUUCGAGGGUGUCAAUUGCCCCACACCCGGAUGCGACGGACUCGGUCACAUAAACGGAUCUUUUCAUAGCCAUAGGUCCUUGUCGGGCUGCCCGAUAGCCAGCCACGCCGUGAAGAAACCAAAACCGGAGGAUAACAUGAGCAUGUACAGCAGAGGAAUCACCGGGUUGGAAGCCGGUGGUCCGGCUCACGGGGGUGCGGUAGGCACGGGUCAGGGUAAUUCGAGCGGUAGCGGGACCGCCGGUGCCGGGGGCGAGGAUCUCUACACACUGGAGGCUGAGAUCACGGAGCUCCAGAGAGAGAACGCCCGGGUCGAAUCGCAAGUCCUGCGCUUGCGCUCGGAUAUCACCGCCAUGGAGAAUCAGCUCAAACACGGUGAUAAGGAAACGUCAUCGAUAAGUCAACGCAACAAUAAUCUGACCGAAUACUAUCAGUCGCUGCGCGACAACAUGAUCACCCUGCUGGAGCAAGUGCGAAUACCGAAUGCCCCGGGCGGGCCGCAAGAGAAGAUAGGCCACGAGAACUUCGACAGUUACCUGACGAAGCUACAGACUCUGUGCACCGCCGACGGCUACUGCGCCGACGAGAGCAACCGACCGAUUUACGAGACGGUGAAGACCGCAUUGCAGGACUUCACGGUUCUGCCGACACCCAUCUGAGACCAUCCUUAAAGAUCGACGAUCAAGUAUUGAGCGUCGCUCGGAACUCGCGCGAAGAAACCGAAUUCGACGACGAUGACUCUUCGUGACGCGGGGUAUCGCAGUCAUUCCUUCCUCUCGUUCACACCGGAUGCGAAUGAACGAUACCCAGGAGCCUCCCUCUCUUCCCACGCGAAGAAAAACUGCGUCGAUCGUGAUUGAGCUUCGCGGAUCGGCCUACGACUUGGGGGAAAACCCGACGCGCGAUAUUCUCCGAUUCUUAUCCGGAUGGUGGCGGGGAAUCCAUCAUCGUGCGUCAUACAUCGCGUGAAUUUCGAACUAUGACGUCACGCGACAUCAACUGGUCGCUCCAGCGAUCAGCGUAGGUGUGACGUAGAUGAAAGUGGUCGUGGCCGGUCGAGCACACCGACCGGCGCAUCGUAUAGGGCUGUUAGUAAACGCUACGAUAACGGCAUCUAAACCGGAUAACGGCUCUCACCGAGCACUCAUCCGAGCUAAGCUUAAACGGACUAUUAUUACGGAGGCAACGUUGCUCAUAUAUAAGAAAGCGCGAUAUCUUUUGUACAUAAUGAAUCUGCGUCAAGUAUCACACUACGGCGGCCGCUACCGCCACGCAUAUGUACAUACACACGACGGGAAAAAUGCAUUUAUAUAUUACUCGACAAGUCGAUGGUAAUACUGCUCUAAGUCAUGUAAAAAAAAUAAUGAUUAAUUUAGCUGUAUAUCGGACUCUUGCCGCACACUUAUCGCUGUGUAACUGUGUUAUUACCGUCUAAGCGAUCAGCGCGCGAUUUACGAGGACCGUCACGGUCCACCAAUGACGCUUUUGCUGAACCCUGAAGAUUACUUAUAAAUCAAUUUAACGACUAACUAUUUACCAGCUAGUCACUAUUAUUAUUAUUAUCAUUACUACUACUACUAUUAUUACUACUACUGUAACUGUUACAACCAGCCGGAUCGUUUUUAGCGACUAAUCCAAUCGUCAUUAUCGCUACCACUACUCUUACUACUGUUAAUAAAGUAUAGUGUCACGAGUGUAUACCAAACGUAUUUAUAUAGAAUAUUAACGAGUCUACGAGAGAAAUGUGCGACGCGUUGUCCAUAUAGACUGUACAUAGUCACAGAGAUAUACAAUUACUAUAAGAACUGGAAUCGUUGGCGAUAAUGAGCUGCGAUUUUAAGGGAACGAUGGGAAGAGAACAGAGAGAAGGAAAUGUGUUGCGAGGUCAUGCGUGAUUUCUUCAUUAACAGCUGUCAAUCCUAUACUGUCGAAUUUAUGACUAUCCGAGAUGAAUGAUCGAGCCUCGAUCGUUUUGCCAAGAAGACGAAGAAGGAUCGAGCGUUCCUUCAGUAUACAAUGCGAUCAAUUCGGUCGGAGGGAUAUUCGUUCGUACGUGCAAUAAUUUCCAGAUGCGUCGCAUUCUCUCCUGUACAUUCGCGGUUACUUACUUACGUCGUGUACAUUUGUAUUGGCGCAGUUGUUAUUGUUUCGUUGAUCCAUUUUUGUUCCUAUUUAUUAUAUGUUUGUUUUGCUACUGAAACGAGAAGUUGCGAGAAUUUGUAAAUAUAUCGAAAAUUCUUCGUCAUAUGAAUCACCGCUUCUCGUUGAUACUGCAUUAAAAUAAUUUUAUAUUAUUAUUAUUAUUAUUGUUAUUAUUAUGAUGUAUAAGCCAGGAAUGUCUCCGUUUUGUCGCUGGUUGACUUUUUACACCUAAGGUGUAAAUCGAUCGACAUAAAUACAGAGAAACUUUAAUACCAUUAACAGUACAAUGCACGAAAAAACGAAGAACAUAAUUAUGGGGAUUUAUUGAAAGAAAUAUAAAUAUAAAGAACUAUCUGUUAAUGGUGUUUGCAAAUUAUUAAAUACUCUAUCAUAUGUAUUUAUUAAUAAUCAAUAUCAGUUGUGCUGCGGAUAAAAAAUGCUCUCUAUCAAUAUAUCGUAACAUAUUUCAGAUAUUUUUCAUAUUUAUUUCUUAAGUUCUCUCUUAUUUUCUCUCACUAAACUGAUUAUCAUAAAAUAGCAAACAUGUCGAUCGGAUAAUCAAUGAUUGCUGGCAUAAAAACUAUAUUACGUUAAAGUUAUAUUAUGUUCGCUGCAACUAUAGAUGAUGUAUAUAAAAAAAAAAAAAGGGAAGCAGUUAUGAGAGAAUUAAUUGUUUGUCUGAGAGGCUGACGAGAUGGGCGAAGCGUGCAGAAGGAGUAAAUAUACUUUAACCAAACCACCGUGUAGUGAGAGUAAUAACAAAUUAAAAGAUAGCGAUAGUCGAUCGACAAUUAUGAAUAACCUUGACGUUAUAAUUAUUCUUGUCAUUAUAUAUCAUUGUCGUUAUAAUUACCAUCAUCAUUACUAUCGUCAAGCAAUUUUCUUUAUUUCGAGUGAGCAUAAUUGGCAUGUAGGAAGAAAAAGAAAAGAAUGAGAAAAAAUAGAUAAUUAACAAUCAACAGUCAUUACAUUUUGACUUAUCUCCUGUUCCGCUGUAAUGUGAGUAAUAUGCUACGCAAUAUUCAUCAUUGAGAUCGUCAUUAUCAUCUAAUCGUGAUUAUUAUUAAUGCUAUUAUUAUUAUUUCUGUUAUUAUAUUAGUAUUGUUUUAUUAUUAUUAUGAUUGCUGUCAACUUAUUGUCGCUAUUCCCGUUACGUUUCUGUCACUAUUUCAAUUAUAAUUGUUGCCGUUAAUGAAAAUCUACAGGUAUAUAAGUUCAAUAACAUGCUUUAAGUAAGUAUAAAUGUUACUCCGAUUGAAUAAAGGGUAUUUAUCGAUGAA